AUGAAACGUGAUAGAACCGAAUUGGAAGCUGAUCAGGCUCCUGAAAAAAUCGAAGAGGACUCUUCGUCGUCCUCUUCACCAGUUACCUUCCAAGAUUUGAAUUUAUCUUCGCAAACAUUGAAAGCUAUAGAAAAGAUGGGAUUCACGAAGUUAACUCCUGUCCAAGCGCGCACUGUUCCUCCUCUGUUGGCCGGUAGAGAUGUUCUUGGUGCAGCAAAGACAGGUUCCGGUAAAACUCUAGCUUUUCUUCUACCUGCCAUUGAGAUCCUACAUUCUUUAAAAUUUAAACCAAGAAACGGUACCGGUAUCAUUAUUAUCACUCCUACUCGUGAACUAGCCCUUCAAAUCUUCGGUGUCGCCCGUGAAUUGAUGGAAUUCCAUUCUCAAACCCUUGGAAUCGUCAUGGGUGGUGCUAACCGUAGACAGGAGGCUGAGAAGUUGAGUAAAGGUGUUAACUUAUUGAUUGCUACCCCUGGUAGACUUUUGGAUCAUUUACAGAACACAAAGGGGUUUGUCUUCAAAAAUUUGAAGGCUUUGAUCAUCGAUGAGGCUGAUCGUAUCCUGGAAAUCGGGUUCGAAGACGAAAUGAGACAAAUUGUUAAGAUCUUACCAAGUGAAAAUAGACAAACCAUGUUGUUUUCUGCCACUCAAACCACCAAAGUCGAUGAUUUAGCCAGGGUCUCUUUGAAAAAGGGCCCACUUUUCAUUAAUGUCGUGCCAGAGAACGAUCAUUCCACUGCUGAUGGGCUGGAACAAGGUUAUGUGGUAUGUGAAAGUGAUAAACGGUUUCUUUUACUAUUCUCGUUUUUGAAAAGAAACCAGAAAAAGAAAAUCAUCGUCUUUUUAUCAUCUUGUAAUUCAGUUAAAUAUUAUGCUGAAUUAUUAAACUAUAUCGAUUUACCUGUAUUGGAAUUGCAUGGUAAACAAAAACAACAGAAACGUACAAACACCUUCUUCGAAUUCUGUAACGCGGAACGUGGGAUCUUAAUCUGUACAGAUGUGGCUGCUAGAGGGUUAGACAUUCCUGCUGUGGACUGGAUCAUCCAAUUCGAUCCACCUGAUGAUCCAAGAGAUUAUAUCCAUAGAGUUGGUAGAACUGCAAGAGGUACAAAGGGGAAAGGUAAAUCCUUAAUGUUUUUGACACCAAACGAACUAGGCUUUUUACGUUAUCUAAAAGCUGCAAAAGUGCCUCUAAAUGAAUACGAAUUUCCAGAAAAUAAAAUAGCUAACGUUCAAUCACAAUUAGAGAAACUAAUUAAGUCAAAUUAUUUCCUGCACCAAAUCGCUAAGGAUGGUUAUAGGUCGUAUUUACAGGCUUAUGCAUCUCAUGGUCUGAAAACAGUUUAUCAAAUCGAUAAAUUAGAUUUAGUGAAAGUGGCUAAAUCAUACGGGUUCUCUGUACCUCCAAAGGUAAAUAUUACCAUUGGAUCUUCUGGUAAGGCACCAAACAAGAAAAGAAAGACCCAUAAAUGA